AUAAGAUUAUUGAUCCCCAGGGGACAAUUAACACGCUACCAAGCAGUAUGUAAGGUAAUAUAUAUCAAUUCAUUAAAAUUAGCUCCUCAUUUACCAGCUGCAAUAUUAAAGUGAUUAAUGCAUCAAUAAUUAUAAUCCUGUAAUAUACAUUUGUCUGAAAUGGGACUGGUUGUCUGCAGUCUCUCAUGAGAAUAAUGUUCAAAUGAUUUUUACACAUGAGAAAGAGUGUGAACAUAUUUAAUUUGUUCGUGUAAACGCUUCCAUGGUCAUUGUCACCUGCUCUUACUUUGAACUUUGUGUAUAAACAGCUGAUCAGGUUUAUUUUGAAGGUCGGUAAUGAACAGACCGGAAGCUCACAGGUAUUCCACCUGGGUGCUCCUCUUUGUAGGAAAUACCUGGGCUGAUCGGGAAGGGUUUCCUGGCUGAACGGUGCAGGUACUCCCCUCGGCUUACCUGCGCAGGUUAUCGGAAGAGUUUUGUUCUAAGCCUGUCGAAACUUGUUCAACGUAAAACAGAAACCCGUGAGCUUUCUGACUAACUGCUGACUACAGAUAAAGUGGUUGCCCCCUUAAACUCCUGCUGCGGAAAAGUGAAAGUAAACGUGAAGGCGGCUGCCUGUGACCUUUCUUCUUCUGAGAAAUGGCUCAGCGACACUUGCUCACCCUCUUCAUCCUCACCUCCUUUGCAGUUGCUGGAGAGUCUUCAAAAUAUGCACUCAAAGGGAAGCAGGUGAGCUUGAAGCCAGACAUCACUGGACACCCUGCAGAAAUUCUGUGGAAGCAUAACGGCAACAAAGUGGUGGAGUUUGACAGUCAGGAGGAAAGUGUGUUCAACCCGUUUAAAAACAGGGUCACUCUUGACUGGCAAUCGGCAGAACUCAAUAUCACUGACCUCAGCUUUGAAGACAGCGGGAAAUAUGUGGUGGAAGUAUAUAUCAACAGGCAGUUGCAUGAAAUCCCUCAUGAACUGGAGGUCAUAGAAAUUGUUGCCAAGCCCACCAUAUCCUGCACGAUGAAUGAUGGCGGCGGCUCUAACAUGUCUGCAACGCUGGAGUGCUCUGCAGAGCCCAGACAUCCUCAGUCCUUAAUGACUUUUGAGUGGAGUUCACAUGGAAACGUGCAUCCUGGCACACAGCUGAUAAUAUCUCUUGGGGAGAAACAUGAUGAUGAAGUGUACAGCUGUCGUGUGAGCAACCCUCUGAGUCACGACACGGCUACAUUCACAGCAAAGCAUUGCUACCCCAAUGAAACUUCUGCAGCAGUCAUUGCCGGCGUAGUCUCUGCGGUUAUACUGCUCCUCAUCAUUGUGAUCGCGGGGGUGUUUUUCUGCCGACACACCCACAAAGCAUGUUUUGCAAAAGGAACGAGAGAUGAUUUGAAGAAACAGUCACCACCUGGUAAGACAGAAGGGUCUGAUGAGGAGAAGGCUCAGCGUGAUGAAAAUACUCGUCUUCUUGACAGAGCACCCACACUUCCCUCUACUCAGCCACUGCGCUUCUCAGACCAAGAUGAUUCAGAAGAUGAGAGGCCACGAAAAGGGCAUGUCCAAAGCAUGAAAAAACACUUUGAGCCAAACAACAGUGGACAGACUGCGCCCACAAACUUGCAGACAGGUAGUGAGUCGCCUUCUUGUCCUGAUGUGAAUCAUCUUGUUAGCAACGACACAGGUGAUGCAGAUGCAGACCAGUCCAGAGAAGCUGCAGGGGAAAAGGUCCCACUGUGUGCAACUGAAGCAGACCCAGCUGGUGCGCCGGCCAGGGAAUCCUCCGCUGCUCCUGAAUACUCAGAUGAUUCAGAAGAUGAGAGGCCACGAAAAGGUGAUGUGAAUAAUCUUGCUAGCAACGACAAAGGUGAUGCAGAUGCAGACCAGUCCAGAGAAGCUGCAGGGGAAAAGGUCCCACUGUGUGCAACUGAAGCAGACCCAGCUGGUGCGCCGGCCAGGGAAUCCUCCACUGCUCCUGAACACUCAGUACAUGAUAUGGAUUCAGAGGAUGAGAAGCCAACAAAAGAGUUAGAGAAAGAGGCAGAGGCAGAGGAGACUGAGGAGGCAAAGUCUCUUCCUGCAAAUGGUGUCUUUCCUACUACUCAGCCAUGUUCACCAUUGACCCAAAACUCUCCAAAUAUGGCAGCUAAGGACACCGCUGCUGAACCCAAGGAAGACGCCAUCUCUGAUCAGGUUAAUGCCGAAACUGGCAGAAAUUUGAGAAAGUUUAACUCAUCAGGCAUAGGGAAAACAAACGAAUCAGACAACUGUAGCAGGAACGAACAGACGCCCAGCGUUCCUGAAGAUAAAGGCUCAGAAACACUGCAUGGGCAAGACUCAGGCACACCACAGGAAGAAACACACAUAAGUGACGAUAAACAGCAAGAAAUUAACAAAUUGGUUUCUGCAGCUGAAAAUGAAACCGAUAGUGACGGUCAGCCUCAGAACUCCACUCCAGCAAAACUAGAAAACACAACCACCAGUACCCUUCAAGAGUCUCCAGACACUGCAAAUACUGACCCAGGUCAACAAGAAAAGGGCCAGACCGGGAACAACUCUGAUGAUUCUGGUGAGGAUGACGGUGAAACUGCUGAAGAUAAAAAUGGUGAAGAAAAGUCAGGCCUCAGUGAGGAUAAAGACACACAAAAGAAAGAUGAAGUUGUUGCACUAUCCAUCAUACAACAAAAUGAAAAAGAGAAAAUUUAAGAAGGAAGAAAGUGAAGUUGUAAAUACAGCAAAGGAAAAAGGAUAAGAGCCAUACUGACGUGUAAAGGCAGAGUUAAAAGAGUGUGGAGGACUUUCAGUCCAGGACUGUCCAGAGGAACACAAAUGUACACAGUAAGGCCCACUGAGAGGAGGAGCAGUUACCCAGCGACAGGAGCUACAGCCAAUCAAUCUACAAACUACGACCAAAGUGACAAAAACUCAUGCCAUACCACAUGUACAGAUUUAAAUAU